AUGAGUCGAACGGGAGAUGUGCCAGUGCCAGAUGCAAAGGUGACCACAUACGAAAGGGACGACAAUGAGACACAAGAGCGAGGCGAGAGAGAGAGAGAGAGCGGAUAUGUCUCGUCUAGGACAACAGUUGACAAAGUCACGAGAGCGGUUACUGCGAGGUGCAAUGGGUUUCCAACGCAUGAAAACCUUGCGCUCAUCACCGUGUCCGAGAGAACAUGGGGAAUGUUACGCCAAGCAGCCAACAAUGGUUUCCAAUUCAAGACACGACACCUCACAUUGGCUGCGCAGCUGCCGAGUCGACAACUCCAAAUUGUGUCGCCUUUUCCUCAAAAAUGA